AAUAUAAAUUUCAACUCUUGGCAAUGUCUUGGUCAACUUGCUUGGUUUAAUGCUGUGGUGGAUGAGUUUCUUCCCUGUAUUUGGGUUCGGUUUGAAGGUGGGGCGUCUGCUUUGGAUGCUAUGUUGCUCGAUUGUAUCUGUAAUUUCCAUGAACUGGUACCUCACUGAUGGGAUUGUGACCGGCACCAAGCUAGGUUUGCUUGGUGAAGCUGCCAAUAUGUGCCUCAAAUGGUGGAAGAAAAUCCCACUGAACAUCAGCAAGAUCCGCCAACAUUACUACCAGUACGGGCUGAAGAGAGUCCGAAAAACGUGGUCGAGGAAGCUUGUGUUUUCGUGGGUGGUUGGGUGGAUAAUUGUGAGCCUCUGGAACUUCCCUUUCAUCAUCUCACAGGCCAGUGAGAAGAGGAAGGAAACUCUUGCAAGGAUGUGUGAUGAGAGGGCGAGGAUGUUGCAGGAUCAAUUUAAUGUCAGCAUGAACCAUAUUCAGGCCAUGUCGAUGCUGAUCUCGACAUUCCACGACGUAAAGUACCCUUCGGCCAUUGAUCAGAAAACUUUUGCGCGGUACAUUGAAAGAACUGCUUUCGAGAGACCCCUAAGUGGCGUGGCAUAUGCUGUAAGGGUGCUCCACUCGGAAAAAGAAGAAUUUGAGAAGCAGCAGGGCUGGAGUAUCAAGAGAAUGGAUACCCUUGAACAAAACCAGGUUCAUAAGAAUGACUAUGCCCCAGAAGUUCAGGAAGAAUAUGCUCCUGUUAUCUUUGCACAGGAUAACAUUAGACAUGUCAUCUCUUUUGAUAUGCUGUCUGGGAAGGAAGAUCGACAAAACGUGUUGCGUGCAAGAGCAGUGGGAAAGGGGGUUCUAACUGCUCCUUUUCGGCUGCUUAAAACAAACAGACUUGGAGUAAUACUGACAUUUGCUGUCUACAAAAGAAAUCUGCCCUCAAAUGCAACUCCAACCGAAAGAAUUCAAGCGACUGAUGGGUAUCUCGGCGGACUAUUUCAUUUUGAGUCACUAGUGGAGAAGUCACUUGAACAACUCGCUAGCAAGCAAACCAUCCUUGUGAACGUGUAUGACACUACCAACCAGUCGCAUCCAAUCAGAAUGUACGGUUCACAGGUUUCAGAUGAUGGAUUGCAGCACAUCAGCUCCUUAGGUUUUGGAGAUCCCUUAAGGAACCAUGAGAUGCGGUGCAGAUUCAAACAUAAGCCACCACGGCCGUGGUUAGCCAUUGCAACUUCUAGUAGUUUGAUCCUCGAGAUUGCAUUGCAUGUUGGCCACAUUUUGAUUGCAGCUGCAAGUACGAUUGCAAAAGUGGAGGAUGAUUUCUGUAUGAUGAUGGAGCUCAAGAAACAGGCCAAGGCAGUUUAUGCUGCCACAUCUAAGUUUCUUUCAAAUGUUUUACACUGGAUCAAAAGCCCAAUUAAUGGUGUCUUAGGAAAGUUUAACAUGCUAUUGGAGACAAACCUGGUUGUUACUCAACUAGAUUAUUUCCGAACUACACAUAGACGUAAAAGAUGUGUAGUCUCACUUAAAAAUGAGGUCUUGGACCAUACAAAUAUUGAAACUGGCAAGCUGGAGUUUGAGGCAGUGCGUUUUGAUCUGCGAGCUAUUUUGGAUGAUGUUCUGUCCUUCUUUUUGAAUAAGUAUCAAGAAGAAGUAGAGUGGGCGGUAUACAUCUCAGAUCAGGUUCCUAAUAUGCUUAUUGGUGAUCCCGGAAGGUUUCAGCAGAUUAUCACCAAUCUCAUGUGGAAUUCAAUCGAAUUCACAGAGAAGGGACACAUCUUUGUCACGGUUCAUCUUGUCGAAGAGCUGAUUGGCUCAACAGAUGUUGAGACUGAAUCAUCAUCGAAGAACACUUUGAGUCAUUUCCCCGUUGCAGAUAGACGCCGCAGUUGGGGCGGAUUUAGGUGUUUCAGUCAAGAUGCGAGCCGUUUUUCAUCGUCACCUGACCUCAUCCAUAUUAUUGUAUCUGUUGAGGACACAGGAUUGGGGAUUCCCCUAGAAGCCCAAUAUCUUCUUUUAACUCCUUUUAUGGAUUUGGGACAUAUAGAUAGAGGAAUUGAAAUAAGGAUAAGGAUAAGCCAGUGUUUGGUCAGCCUCAUGAAAGGGGAAAUCGGCUUUGUUAGCAUUCCGAAGAUUGGUUCCACAUUUACAUUUACUGCUGUUUUCACCAAUGCCAGCUCCAGUUCAAAUGAGUUAACGAUCCAGCAAAUCAGCAGCCGGUCAAAUGCUGCAUCCUCAGAAUUUAAUGGCAUGACGGCAUUAGUUGUGGACCAAAGACCUGUUAGGGCCAAGAUGUCAAGAUAUCAUAUUCAACGGCUUGGAAUUCGUGUUGAAGUAGUUUCUGAUUUGUAUGAGGGUUUAUCUAGCAUAAGCUGUGGGAGUACAACUAUCAAUAUGGUCCUUGUCGAACAGGAAGUCUGGGAUAAAGAUUCGGGAACUUCAGCUCUCUUUGUCCGUAAUUUAAGGAAAAUUGUUGGACAGGUUCCUCCGAACCUGUUUAUUCUUACCAAUUCUAUUAGCUCAUGCAGAAUAAGCUCUGCAACUUCAGGUGUCCCUACACCAACUGUCAUCAAGAAGCCUCUCAUGGCAAGCACGCUCGCUGCCUCACUGCAAAGGGCCAUGGGAGCUGGUAAGGGAAAUCUCCGGAACGGGGAGCUCCCAAGUUUGUCUCUCCGCGAUCUUCUGCUCGGAAGAAGAAUUCUUAUUAUAGAUGAUGAUAAUGUGAAUCUCAGAGUAGCUGCCGCUGCUUUGGAAAAGCAUGGGGCAUGGGUGGUCUGUGCAGACAGUGGUGAAAGGGCAAUCUCACUGCUUAUGCCGCCCCACCAUUUUGAUGCCUGCUUCAUGGAUAUCCAGAUGCCAGAGAUGGAUGGGUUUGAAUCUACAAGGAGAAUACGUAACAUGGAACGCAAUAUCAGCAGCAGUAUUCACCAUGGCGACGUUUCUGUGGAGGAUUAUGAAAAUAUUCGAGCAUGGCAUGUACCCAUUCUGGCCAUGACUGCUGAUGUAAUUCAGUCUACCCACGAGGAAUGCACAAAGUGCGGAAUGGAUGGAUGUGUUUCAAAACCCUUCGAAGCUGAACAGCUUUAUCGCGCAGUUUCCCCUUUUUUCCUAUCUACAAGUUAAUAGAGGUGUUGGAGAUGGGGAGAGGAGUGGGAUUGGAUUGGCAGUUUCAGAAGGGGGUGAAGGCCAUUUUCAACCGAAAGGGGCCAAGGGGCAUGUUUUUAGCCGUAUAACUCUGUAAUAAAUUAUUUUUUAAUAAACAGUGCCAUAUCGUAUUUUAUAUCA